CGUUCGGAUUUCAGAAAAAAAAAAGUGUGGAGACCUUUCAUCUGUUUCUUUACGCAAACUUCAGGACAUUGUCCCCUGCCCCCCUGUGUGUCUGGCGGGACAUAAGAUGGGGUCCCAUACGGCGUGGUCAGACUGGUCUUAUGAAAUCAACUAAUUGAUCUCCAUUCUAGAUUCAAUUUUGGUGAUAAUGGACCAACCAGACAGCAGUGGGGAUGGGCUACAACCUCAAGACCUCUCUUCUUCCUGCGCCUUGCCCAUUGCUUUUGAUUUGAGCAAAAAGGGUGAGGAUUGCCUGCGAAAAGCUAGUGCGGUGGAGGCCCUACAUGUGGUUCAACCCCCAGGCUGGUUUGUGGGGGCAGGGACUAGCGAAGCGGUAACGUUCCCCGAGAACGCCUGUGACCUCUCUCCAGUGCCUGGCGAUCAGAUCCAACCUGACAACGCCUUCUCCAACACCACCGUCACCCUCUCUUACGUCAGCCGGUCUCACGUCUUCUCCUCCACCCCCCUCACAGCGCAUUGCCCUCUCUACGACGUGUCGUCCCUCAGCAAGAAACUCUCCCAGCAUGCAUCGGGCUACGAGGCCCUCCCGUUGAUGUCCGAGGCAGAAGGGGCGCCGCUCUGCGUGGAGAUGGACCCCCACUGUCUUCAACCAGUUGCCACGCCGGUCGGAGUGGCGCCGCACGAGUCCUUUGAAUUCGUCCUGCCUGCUCAGGUGAUGCAGAACGUCGCCACCGGGGUUUGUUUCCUCAAACAUGCCGUGGACCUCAAUGGCAUGCAAGACUCUGGGGACGCCGCCGCCGCUGUGGAAAUCCUGACGCCGCUCCAACAAGGUGCCCCCAUUGUUUGCAAGCUCUCGCAGGAAGAGAACGGCUGUUUGCAGAACGGGGACUGCGCCUUGUGGGACACUGGAGCGUGUGGUGGUGAGACUGCUUCGGGCGAUCUCUUCACGACCCCAACUGAAGCGCAGGGGAAGAGGGACUCUGAGGUGCUCUUUUUGAUUUCCAGGACUGAACAGCCACUUGGAGUACAUGACAUGGGGACUACUAGAAACUUUUGCAGCUCUCUCAAUAGGGAAUAUAUCAGUCCUCUAGAGGAUCCAGUAUCGCCCCCUGCCACGCCACAGGAUGAGAUAGAGGAUGUUUUCGUGCUGCCGCAGACGGCAAGCUCUCCAACCGGGGAGAAUUUUCCAGAAGACUUGGUUACAAAACACAGUGAAGUGGGUGAAGUUUGUAGUCCUCUGCCUGUUGAAUCGACUUGCACUGGCAAGACUGAAUGUUUACCGGGUAAUUCAAACACUGAAAACAUAUCAGAAUUGAGCAGCCAACCACUGACAGAUAAUGGUCUAAACACAGAACUGGCACCGUCGGAGCAAUGUCACGAUUUGCCCGAAGAUAAAGCAUCAGGUGUGAUGGACAAGGCUGAGUCGACAGCCAAGCAGCAGUCAAAUGGCAGCACACCAGCAAAGGAGGGACAACCGGAGCGGAAAAUACUUCCUCCUCGGACUGGCAGGGGUAUAAGGUUGGAGGCCAUCGUUCAAAACAUCCACCCAUUCAGAUUCAGAGCCAGUCGCUCGACUAAGAAAUCCAACUGCUCGAAAGUGGCGGUGGCUGAGAGUAAGGCCAUUACCACUGAUAGGGAUGUUGUAAAUGCUAGUAAUGACCCUGAGAUGCGUGGGAACGUAUGUACUUCCGAGCAAGAAACUAGCACUUCCGAGAUGAGCACUUGUUUGUUGCAGACAUCAGUCCAAAGGGAGGAGGGAGGAGAUAGUAGCAGCUGUUUUAAAGAAGGAUCUACCUCAGAUUCUGAACACACACAGAGUCGUUCCAAAUAUCUUUUCAAGGGCACAUCUGAUGAAAUGACAAACAACACAUCAUCGUCUACCCCAACCAAGAAAUCGGGGAAAAGGCCGAGUGGCACUUCGAACUGUAAAUCGGCAAACGAUCGCCGUGCAAUGAGCUCGUUGCCCCCGUCCAAAUCUCACAAGAAAAAAAGCCAACCAGCGGCCAGCCCACGGAGCAAAAGCUCCCCCGCCCCCAAGAAAUCCCACAAGGCCAAAAAGAAACGCAAGCAACUCAACAUAGGCCAACCCUCCAUGUUCUCCCCCAAAGAGCCUGAAAUCAAGCUGAAGUACGUCAACUACAAGGAGGAGAAAAGGGACUCGCGGGCGGACACCUUUUCCCCUUUUGUGCACGUGGAGCGCAAGCGCUAUGUCAAGUGCACGGUUGUGAACUAUCCGGAAGAGGUGAAGCCGACGGUCAGGAAAGGACAGCAACAGCCGACCUCGGGCUUCGUGUCUGGCACGGUCCCGUCGACGCCUUUUCUGCAGUACGGCCGCGUGUCGAACGACGCCACGCGCCGCGCGGCGCUGGUGUGCUGCCUGUGUGGCCGUCCGGCCAACUCGCUGGACCUGGGUGACCUCCACGGGCCCUACUACGCAAACGGCUCCAAAGCGGAGACCAGGCCCUCGGCUAGCGUCGCAGGCCUGAAAGCCGAGGAGGAGGAGGAAGAAGAGGAGGACCUCAGCGAUUCAGACUCGUCUUUCGGCGCCAAGGCCAGGAAGUGUGCCUCGGCCGUCCCCGGCAGCUGGGCUCGACGUGCCCGCCAGCGGAGGCCCCUGGACGCGGCCCUUGGUGGGCCUUACCAGAGGUGGACCAGCGACAGUGAGCUCUCGCACAGCCCAGCAGCCAAGAAGUCCCGGUUGGACGGCGGGGCAGCUGAGAGCUGGUACACCCCGCCCGUGGUGCCGCUGGACUCCAACGAGUACUGGCUGCACGAGGACUGUGGCAUUUGGUCAGCAGGUGUCUUCCUGGUGAAGGGGAGGCUGUAUGGGUUAGAGAAGGCAGUCAAGAUGGCCCAAGAGACGAUGUGUUCCAUGUGCCAUAGCGUGGGCGCCACCCUGGGAUGCUUUUUCAGAGAAUGCCCCAACAAAUAUCACUACAUUUGUGCUGUGCAGUCUGACUGUGUACUCAAUGAAGAGAACUUCUCCAUGAAAUGCACCAAGCACAAGAAUAAAUCAAUCAAAGGCUCUACCAAUAGAAAGAAUACUAGAUGACAAAACCCUGGAAGCAGCACCUGUUCAAGAUAAAACAUCGUCUCUGCCACUCCACCUUGGUAGUCCAGUGCGUCGGCCGAGCUCAGUGAAACUGAAAGCACGUCUCCUAAACUGACGGCAAGAGGCCUCUGGAAUGCAAUCACCCUCUAACCUUAACGCAACAUCUCAGUAGUGAAGUCACUCCUUACUUCAGUGCACACACCAACAGGGAACUUCAAGGCUUUCAUUAAUGCCAGUGCGUCUGCAGCGCUUACAGGUUUGGAUCAAAAGUGGAGGGUAAAACAUACGUACAGUACUAACUAAGGGGCCCAAAGCAGGAGAGAAGAAUGAAAUGGCACAGAGUAAUGUUUUUAAUAUAUAUAUACAUUUGAGAAGAAAUUCUCAGCAGUAAGUUGAAUUAUCCUAAGUGGAUAUUAUUAUUAUUAUUAUUGUUAUUGUAAUUCUUUUUUGUACAGAAUGACUAGUCUUAUUUAUAUUUUAUUUCAAUAUAAGAAUUAUAUUUCAGUCAAUUUUGAAGCAAUGUUGUUGGAUGCAUUGAGUGUUAAUUUAAUUGAUGGCAUGAGCGCAUCUCAUCUGGAGACACAUGAUUCUUGCUCCCAGGGAACGAGGCAAGUGUUGGCCCAAAGAACUAGAGAGGAGUUCUAUAGUUAUCCGUGGGCAAAGGCAGGGUGUUUGUAUCACUUAAAGAUAAUGCCCUCCCUCAACAUCUGUCUAAUCAGAAGCCUGCAAUCUAAUUUCUGCUAACAUUCUUAUUGACCCGAACAUUUUUCGCUUAGGGAAAUUACAUAGCAAUUGGCAAAAGAUAUAGAAAAUAAAAUGAAUUUUCUUUGUUCUCAGUCAGAUCUGAGACCCCAGUUGACUCUGGAAAGGCUACUUCUUCUCUGCAGUAGUGCCACGUCUACCUGCUGUCAUCUGUAUGUUGUUCUCAGUGGCUCCAAGAGUGAUAAUGACUAUCAAACAGUGCUGACCAUCCUAAGACUGCACUUGUAAUUGUGUUCUCUUACUUCAUAGCGAUCCUUAAGGGAACUGUGCCUGUGUCUUUAAAGUCAUUCAUUGAAUGUAUCUUCCUCUGGAUGUUCUCUUCAAAUUGAGAAUUUCAGAGUGCACUUCGGCACUUAAUUUAUCCAUGUGGUUUUUUGUAAUGUUUGAAACUUUUUUUUGAGAAUUAUUUAAGAAAACAGUAUUGUCCCCAUACAACUGAAUGCCCCCAAAUUAAAUUUCCCACGAGCACUCCAGUUCUAUAUGAAAUAGAUAUUUAUAAAGAUGAAUGAUGUAUCCCUGCAAUGCAGUGUUGAAGGACAACUGACGGUCCUUACUAUACAGUGAGACUGAUACUGUCAGUAGAAAUGUGUUGCAGUAGAGGAGAAUUGUCUGCAUAUCAUCCACUUUAGAUGAGUAGUUGGAUGUCUACCCUCAUGGCCUUUAACAGUUGGUAGAACAAAUGGAAGACUAACCAUUAAAAGGGUAAAAUACAUUCUGUUGAUGUUAGAAGCACAAUAAUUAUUGUGCUGAUGGGCUAAUGUUCUAAUAUAGAGGGAAGUGUACCACGUGACUGCCCAAUGGUGAUAUCAGUGGUCCUGCAACAUUUGAUCCAGAUAACUUUAGCUCAAAAUACCUCCCAUAGCAACCACGAGCAGUUGUUCUGUUUACAUUAAUGUGGGGUCACUGGACGUGGCUUAGGCUGUCCGUCUCUCAAUGCUGAAAAAAUAUGGACGCCCACAAAUCCUUUCUGAGGGAUUAUGGGUACCUCCUUUACGUCUCUUAACAUAUUUGGCAAUAGUUGAUGCUUCAGAAGUUCUGGUACGAGGUACAUAAUAUAAAGAUAUAUUUUGUCAUUGUCCUCUGUUGUUCUCACCUAGCUUGUGUACUUGUCUUGUCCUCUUGUUGAUGGAAUACAGUAUAGAACAACUUCAGUAAAGAACUGAUUGCACAGCUACACACUAUGUAUAACACCAGCUUGUAAUUUUCUGUCAUUUUUGACAGGGCUAUUGAUGGCCUGUGUCUGCCUCUCUUAAACCGACAGUGUUAAUGCUGACAUGUUUCUUACUGUGUUUCUGUCUUGUCACCACCUCCAAUGGCCAUUCAAUUGGUCUUACUAUCCCUUUCACUGAAUAUAUGCAGCUUUCACACAUGCCAACACAACAGACUUUUUUGACGUAUUUAACAAGGAAAAGUAGUUCUGCUGAAUACUGGGGAACUUGCCGCAACUCUCUCUCGCUUUCUUUCUCUUUUUUCUUUUUUUUUUUUUUUUUUACAUGCGAUGAACAUCAGAUUUCAACCCUUGUUUUUGCCAGGACGACAACUCAGAUGGCCAGUUUACCAGCCUUGUGGAAGACAAAUCAGAUGAUGUACAUAGCCUUUGUUUUCUUGGACAGUUGACAGGAGGCUUGCUUGCAUGCACUUUUUGUAAGAGAUUUGUCUGAAUCAAUGCAGGCAUGACACCACUUGUCUGGUGGGGGUGAAGGAAG